CUCCAUCGAGAAUGCUGAGAAAGAAAAAAGAAGAUGAAGAGAGCUUAGACGAUAGGUUCAAGCUCAGAAAUGGAAAGGAGGUUUUUGAGGAGAAGGCAUACCUAGUGGGCGUGGAAAGAAAGGGAGAUGGAGAAUGUUUGUUUGAGAUAGAGGAAUCUCUUGAGGAACUAGAACAGCUCGCUGAUACAGCUGGCCUUGCGGUCGUUGGUUCUACUUAUCAAAAGCUUGCUUCCCCCAAUCCUAGAACGUACAUUGGAUCAGGAAAGGUCGCUGAGAUCAAAACUGCAAUCAAUGCAUUGGACGCUGAGACCGUUAUAUUCGACGAUGAGCUUUCACCAGGACAAUUGCGCAACCUGGAAAAGGCCUUUGGUGGGGAAGUUCGCGUUUGUGACCGCACCGCCCUUAUCUUGGACAUUUUUAAUCAAAGGGCCGCAACUCAUGAAGCAGCCUUGCAGGUUGCUCUUGCACAAAUGGAAUACCAAUUGCCACGAUUAACUAGAAUGUGGACUCACCUUGAGCGUCAAUCUGGUGGCCAAGUUAAGGGCAUGGGAGAAAAACAAAUUGAAGUUGAUAAACGUAUCUUGCGUACUCAAAUUGGAGUUCUCAAAAAGGAGUUGGAAUCUGUUAGAAAACAUCGAAAGCAGUAUAGAAGCCGACGUGUUGCUAUACCUGUGCCUGUUGUAUCUUUGGUUGGUUAUACAAACGCUGGAAAGAGUACACUUUUGAACCAAUUGACUGGUGCUAAUGUUCUCGCUGAAAAUCGUUUGUUUGCGACUCUUGAUCCAACUACAAGAAGGGUUCAGAUGCACAACGGAAAGGAGUUUCUUCUCACAGAUACCGUUGGUUUUAUCCAAAAGUUACCAACCACCCUGGUUGCUGCUUUCAGAGCAACACUCGAAGAAAUAUCAGAGUCAAGCCUUUUGGUGCAUGUUGUUGACAUCAGCCACCCACUGGCACAGCAACAAAUAGAAGCUGUGGAAAAGGUUAUGUCUGAACUCGAUGUUGUAUCAAUCCCAAAACUGGUUGUGUGGAAUAAGGUUGAUAGAGUGGAUGAUCCUCAAAAGGUCAAGCUGGAAGCAGAGGAAAGUGGGGAUACUAUUUGUAUAUCUGCUCUGACAGGAGAAGGACUAGACGNAGAGGAAUCUCUUGAGGAACUAGAACAGCUCGCUGAUACAGCUGGCCUUGCGGUCGUUGGUUCUACUUAUCAAAAGCUUGCUUCCCCCAAUCCUAGAACGUACAUUGGAUCAGGAAAGGUCGCUGAGAUCAAAACUGCAAUCAAUGCAUUGGACGCUGAGACCGUUAUAUUCGACGAUGAGCUUUCACCAGGACAAUUGCGCAACCUGGAAAAGGCCUUUGGUGGGGAAGUUCGCGUUUGUGACCGCACCGCCCUUAUCUUGGACAUUUUUAAUCAAAGGGCCGCAACUCAUGAAGCAGCCUUGCAGGUUGCUCUUGCACAAAUGGAAUACCAAUUGCCACGAUUAACUAGAAUGUGGACUCACCUUGAGCGUCAAUCUGGUGGCCAAGUUAAGGGCAUGGGAGAAAAACAAAUUGAAGUUGAUAAACGUAUCUUGCGUACUCAAAUUGGAGUUCUCAAAAAGGAGUUGGAAUCUGUUAGAAAACAUCGAAAGCAGUAUAGAAGCCGACGUGUUGCUAUACCUGUGCCUGUUGUAUCUUUGGUUGGUUAUACAAACGCUGGAAAGAGUACACUUUUGAACCAAUUGACUGGUGCUAAUGUUCUCGCUGAAAAUCGUUUGUUUGCGACUCUUGAUCCAACUACAAGAAGGGUUCAGGUCAGUGAAAUUUGUUGGAAGAGUAGAUCCACAGUUCCUACCUUCUUAUAUGCUACUUUAAAUAAUACAUAUGCCCACAUUACCUAA